UAUCACAACAUCAGUUUGUCAUCAACUACUUGCAAAUUAGAAUUUUUUAAAAGAUUGAACUUCAUUUGCAAAAACUCGUACAAUAAUUAUCUGUAAGUUUUUCCGAGAGCUUACUUUGUUAUUUCUCAUGAAUGAAUUUAAAAUUCUAAGCAUUUCGUGCUGAUCACCACUGAUCCUAACCUAAUGUAAUGUUUCCAAUACGACAUUAUUUUAUAAUUUCAAAUAUGUAAUUGUUUAGAAGUUAGCUAUGCGACAACGAGUCGUAUAUUUUUCUAUACAAUCAAGUUCUGGCAUACUAAUGUAGAUAUUUUAUUGGAUUCUUCUGAGCAAUAUUCUGUUCAAUUAAUUUUCAGGAUCUAAUUGCUGCAUAUUUAUUAUUUAUUAACGUCACAAUGAUAGAAACUUCAGAGUCGCAUGCUAUCGAAGCCACAGCGUCUGUCAUCACAGACCACGAGCGUGAGUUAGCUCAAAAUGCAUUAACAGAUUUUCUCAAAGGUGCUUAUUCAUCCUGUUUGAGUAAUCUCAAUAAGUUGGAGGUGCUCAGACCUAAAGAUCUCAAAGUAAUGCAUAAUAAAGUUGUUACCGAGUACUAUAAAACUGACCGCAAAAAGACUGAGUUAUUCAGAAAAAGCCUCAAUGCAAUAUGUGGCCAAAUAAGUACAGCUGAUAUCGCAGAUGGUGUCGAUGAUGUUGAAAAAUGUGUCAUGCGAUAUAAUCAAGCAGUUUUGCUAUAUCACACAAGACAAUACGACUUGGCACUCAAAAUUGUUAAUAAGCUAUUCACGUUCGUAGAACCAAUGGAAGAGAGCUUAGCACACAAAGUGUGUUUAUUACUGAUAGAACUUCAUAUUGUGACAAACCAACCUGACGUGGCGUUGUCGCUAUUAAAUUAUAUUGAAAGUCAAUUUGUGUCCACGGAUACAUCAAAAAUCACCCCAACUGACAAGGAGAAUGCUAUCAAGCCGAUUAAAGAGACGCCAGAGAAACGAGACAAUGUGGAUGCAGCCACUGAUGCGUUCAGGAUAAAAUUGCUAAAGUACAAGGCUAGAGUUUAUUUAAUGACACACCAAUUAAAGUUAUGCAAGAGAGAAUGGAAGGCCUUGGUUUCUUCCGGGACACCUGUAAACGUAUCGUCAAUAUUUCUAAAAGGGCAUCUAGAAUACCUAAGAGGGAAUUACAGAAAGGCUAUUAAAAUACUGAAUUCCACCACUGUUGAAUCUCUCGAAUACAAAACUAGCGGAGAAUCAGCAGCUGUUUUAUAUUACAAUAACAUGGCCUGCCUACACCAUGCGAUGGGGAAGCCAAAUUUGAGUUGUUUUUAUCUACAAAAAGCAUUGCAGGAGAAUAAAACUGCUGUGGAGAGUGUACAUGUCAAAGAUGCUGAUGCUCUUUCAUCACAACCAUUGUAUACUAUCGGUGGUAAUAGACAUUAUGAAUUGAUGUACAGCUUAGGGGUAUCACUCCUGCACGCUGGACGUGCUGCGCAAGCUUUCGAAUGUUUCACAGAAGCAGCCCAACAGCUCCACAACAGUCCACGGCUAUGGCUUAGAAUGGCCGAAUGUUGCAUAUACUGUCACAAGCCAACAAAUGAGGUUGACUUCAACGUGCAGAAGCGACGAAAGGACUUGGUGCAAAAAGUAGUCGGCAAUGGUAUUUACAGAAAAAUUAUUUUGGCGUCAGCUUUAUCUAAAGACACAAAGUAUCACACCGAAGGUUUAUCGUACGCAAUACCUCAGCCUACUUUAGAAUUUGGAAUGUUAUCGUUGAAAAACGCACUUUUUCUCUUGCCUGACGAUAACGAAGUUAAUUUGCCAUUGACGCCUCUGGCAGGACCACAAUCCGUUCCCAUAUCGUUGACGCCCUCUCAUGUGUUAGGUGGACAGCAUGCGACACAGGUUUCCCAAGCAACAGCGCUCGAAGCAUUAAAUUUGAAAGCUAGUGUUCUCGCUGCCAGUGCGUACAUUUCCUUGUGUCUUGGGGACCAUGUUGUGGCACUAGAGCAAGCAAGAGCCUUAUUAUCAAUGACCAAAUUACCAGGAGCUUACAAGAUGCUUGGAAAUCUUUACGCUGCCGAGAGUUUGAUACUCAUGAAUAAAAUAAGCGAAGCGAUAGAAUAUCUCAAGCCAGAAAACAUUGAGGACAUAAGCACGUUUCUACCGAUACCUGAAACACUGGACAAGGAUAAAGAUAAAUAUGAGGAACCAUUUGUAAAACCGGUUAGAAGUUGGUAUCCAAAUAGUCUUCCUACGGGAAAAGCAGUGCUUCAAUACAAUUUAGCCGUAGCUUAUGCGAUUCGUGGUGAGUUGGAUAAAUCGGGAGAAACUUUGAAGCAGGUGUGGAUUUCGAAGGGACCAGACUGUGACAUUCCAAUACAUGUUAUAAUGUUGGCGUUGUACAUAGAAUUACAAUUAGGUAAUGCCGACGUCUCGAGAUCAUUAAUAAAGCAACAUUGCCCGCAAUAUCAAUGAAUUCCGACGAAUUGUAGAAAAAUAGACUGAUUAUGCUCAUCGAUAUAAAAUCUGCGACAACAAAGGGGUCAUCAAACCAUUGUGUUAUAUUUUGUAUAAUAAUCAUGUUGAUACUUGUAAAUUACAAGUCGAUUUUGUGAUUGUACAGGUUCCUCUGACGCUUAGCGUAAAUACAAGUUCACCGUUCAAUCAGUUCGUUGAACGCAUUGAAUCUGACGAUAUACACGAAUAAUAUUUAUAUAAAAUUCUUCAAUAAAUUCUACCUAUCACUAUAGAA